AUGGUAGUGAAGGUCAUGGUUAUAGCGAUGGAUGGAGAAGUGAGGAACUUUUGUAUGAAGAACAGCUUAGCUAAGGUUGUUGGAGAUGAGAAUGGGAGUCCUACUCCUACCUAUGGUUGUUGGUUAUAUAGAAGGAAAAGGAGAGAUUUUGUAUGUAGAGAGUCAGAGACAGACACUACUGCUACUGGGGCCCACUCUUAUGAUGGCGCUGCUAAUUGCUUGCUAAUCUUCUCUCACAAUUACGCUACUGCCCUUUUACAGCAGCAACUAGAGGCAAAAUCACAAUCCAACUUGAAAGCUAAAAAUCACAUUGAUAGAGAACACAGACGCAAGGACAAAGCAGGUCGGCAAAUAUGA